CACAAGACCAGGGUCGUUAUCUGUAGCUCGACUCACACAAAAAGCAGGCAUGGACCUCACAUUAGGUCAGUAUUAAAUGAUGUGUGGUUACCUGUCGGCGCAUUCAUCUAACUGACAGAAGGAGUGAAGCAUAAAUAAUCGCCUGAGAAACUUAUUUCGCACUGGCCAGUGGGAGUGUUAGAGAGGAACAGUAGUGUGUAAUAGUGGACAGCGCCGGACUGACCAGCACCGCAUCAUGGAGAUCGUGUUUGGUGUCGACAUCCCUCUGCUUCUCCUCUUGUUGCCACUGGCGAUUCUACUCCUCUACUGGCAAGGCAUGAGAUCGUACAAUUUCUGGAGUUCCAGAGGAAUACCGGGACCUAAGCCCCAGCCUUUCUUUGGUCACGAAUGGCAGGUGCAAAAGAAGGGAAUUCAAAAAUGUUUGACAGAGUGGUCGAAAGCACAUGGCCGUGUAUACGGAAUCUACAUGAACCUCAAGCCCAUGCUGGUUACAAACGACCUUGACAUCUUAAGAGAGGUCAUGGUGAAGGACUUUCCUCACUUUACAGACAGAUUCGACCGUGUUCAGGGCGGAAUUUUCAGUAAGACUGUUUUCUUUGCCCGGGGACAUGACUGGAAAAGGAUUAGAAACAUAAUCUCACCAACGUUCACUUCUGGAAAACUUCGUUUGAUGGAAAGCUAUAUCAAUUCCUGCAGCGAGGUCUUCUCAAAAAACAUUCAGGAGAUCGCCCGCCAUGGUGGCAAAAUAAUUGUGAAAGAGUAUUGUGGGGCCUUCACCAUGGACGUAAUAACGGGCACAGUCUUUGGAAUUGUGGUCAACUCCCAGAAAGAUUUCCAAAAUGAAUUUGUAACAAAUGCAAAACUUCUCUUACAGCAUGGUGGGGCGCCUAGAAGUUUCUUUCGACAGCUGCUAACUCUCACUCCAUUCCUCAACCGUUUGAAUCAAUACCUUCAAAAUCCGUUUGUCAAGAAGGAAGAUCCUCACGGUUUCCUUUACAAGGCCAUCCGACGCAUCGUGGCAGACAGGAAGGAAGAGACGGUUCCAAGGAAAAAGACAGAUUUUGUCCAGCUCCUUAUCAACGCAGAAACAUCCGAAGACUUCGUGGGCGCAGUUUCUGAGAAUGCAAAACGCCUAACUCCCGAUGAGAUCGUCGCUCAGAUGGUAAUAUUUUUUAUUGCUGGAUACGAAACAACGGCUACGACUUUGCACUUCAUGAUCUACAACCUGGCAAUGUACCCGGAUAUUCAGCAGAAAAUUGUUGACGAAAUUCAACAGCAAAUUGGAGAUGAGGUACCAACCAAUGACAAUGUCAGUAAACUCAAGUACAUGGAACAGACCAUCAAAGAGACUCUGAGAUUGUUUCCACCUGUACCAGCUAUAAAUCGCGUGGCCUCCGAAACAGUGACCAUCAAGGGUGUGACUAUCCCAAAAGGAGUUGGCGUUCUCAUUCCUAUUUAUGAUGUCAUGAGAGACCCUGAAUAUUUCCCAGAUCCUGAGGUCUUCAGACCAGAAAGAUUUUCCGAAGAAGCGAAGGAUGAAAUGAAUCCUGCUCUUUCUUGGCAUUCGGCUUCGGACCCCGCCUGUGCAUCGGCAAGCGUCUGGCUUUGUUGGAAAUGAAAAUCGCCAUGGUGCACGUGCUCAGGAAGGUUAAAUUCGUCAAGACGCAAGAUCUACCGGAAAAACUGACGUUCAAAGCAUCAGGAAGUCAAGUUGAACCUACUUCACCUCUGAUUAUCAAAACCGUACUGCGCCAUACAGAGGCUGGGUCAUAGUUCAUUUGGAAAAUGAAUUCUUUAAUCUCGGGCGAGAUUUUUGACUGAAGUUAUUUCACAAUAUUUCUAAUUUCAUCCUUCCUCUACUCUCUUGGCCUCUCUGUCUCUUUAUGUUUCUCCCUCUCUUCCUCAAAUUCGGUCACUCACUAAUUUAUUUUAUUUUACCUUGUGGACAUUUGUACUUACUAUGCUAUUCAGUGAUGUGUGUGGACUUAAUAGUGACAUGAUUCGAUGUUCAUGAGCACUAUGAUGGCUUUGCAACUCCAGUAAGAUGACCAGCAUUUUAGUCAGACGUGAAAACAAACAAUGAGAGAAAUGAAUAAAUAAAUGAACAUCUAGAAGGAAAAGGAUACGAAGCAGGAGGAAUGGAAAAGAGUUUGCUUCUGCAAGUUCAAAGAAAUAUCAAGAAGUGGACAAGACGGAUUAGAAAGAUAGUUAUCAGUUGAAGUUUUGCAACAUGGACACAUAAUAUAUAAACAAGGGCAAAACACUCUUGAAACUACAACUGAAAAAGUUUUUUGAUUACUUUGUUGAAUUACUUUUUGAAAGUUGUGUUGCUCUCGCAAUAAAUAUAUUCUAUUUUGUGUACAAAGCAGCUUUAGUUUCAUGAUGACUAGGCUACAAAAGGUUUUUUAAACGUACAGCGAACAACGAUAUUUACCGGCGAGUAGAUAUUUACUACAAUCUGUAAAUAUUUAAUAUUUUUUUACAUCCUGAGACAUAUUUUGUGACACAAUUUAUAGAGAUGCCUCUAUGCGCGGCGACAGUCCAGUCAUUUCGUCUCGUGUACAGUUAUCUGUUUACCAUUAUGCUGAAAUGAGAAUAAAGUAUUAUUCAGCUGA